AUGGCUGCCUGCAGCCUGGCACUGGCACUGCAGCUCCUGCUGCUUCUCCAGGACAUCCAGACAUCCCUGCAGACAUCAUUAACCCCAUCUCAUUCCUGUGACACACGUGGGAAUUGGUUCUAUGAUGAAACUUCACAAAGCUGCUGUUACCAGUGUCCCUCAGGCUCUGUUAAAAAGAAAGCUUGUCCUGAGAACCCAACUGCAGACUGCAUGAGGUGUGGGCCUGGGCAAUUUGUGAACACAGAAGCCUCGAAGCUACGAUGUGAUGCCUGUGUCUUAUGCAAAAGAGAACUCGACCUUGUGGAGAAGGAGCCCUGCUCCUUCAACUCCAGCAGCGUCUGCGAGUGCAGGCCGGGCCUGUUCUGCCAAACAUCCGCCCCACACACCUGUGCCCGGUGCCAGCCCCACACCACCUGCCAGCCUGGCUUUGGGGUCCGAGUCAGAGGCACCUCAACACGUGAUGUCACUUGUGAAGAGUGCCCUGCUGGGACCUUCUCUGACCAAAGCUCCAGCACUGACAGCUGCAAGCCCCACACGGACUGUGCCAAGUUAAACAAAGUGGCACUAAGCCAAGGAAAUGCCACACAUGAUCAGGUUUGCCUGGACCAAUCGCCCACCUAUCUCACCCAAAGCCCUUUGUCCACGAGAUUCAGCAAUGAAACAAAUCACUCUGACCCAAGGAGCCUUGAGGAGAGCCUGGUGACCAUUGCUGGUGGUGACCUUCUAAGUGCCACGACAACCAAAAACCCCAGUUCAACUCCUGAGGGGAAAGAUCCGACUGACACUUUUCCCACCUCAGCCAAGGGGGAGAUGACAAUGGGAGGUGUAGUGCUUUGGGCAGUGGUUCUCUGUGUGAUAGUGCUCCUCGGGGCCAUGCUGUUUUUUUGGAAAUGGAAGGUUUGCAAGAAGCGGAUCCUCGUCCUCAAAGGAAAGCCACAUCUGCAUUCUGUCAUCGCACACAAAUACGGCCUCAAAUCACCAGGUUCCGACCCAGGGGACAAAUGUGCAAAGCUCCCCCUGACCAUUGAGAGUGGGCCAGAAGGGAAGCAGUUAAUUGGAAGAACCCUCCCUUUGGAAACCAACAAUAACUUGGUCUCCAGCACAGAAAAAGCACAGAGUCCCCAUCGGGGUGUGGCUGAGGUGACACCCAGCAGUGGCAAUGGCCCAGACUGUCCUGUGGAUUCUCGAGUCAGAGACCACACCAACAACAGAAUUGAAAAGCUCUACAUCAUGAAGGCCGACACUGUUAUCGUGGGGUCCGUUGCAGAAGUGGCCGGUGGCAAAAACUGCGCUGCCAGAGGAUGUGAAAGCAACGCUGACGCCCAGGAAAUCAUGGAAGAGGAACUGGGAAUGCACUACCCAGAGCAGGAAACAGAGUCCUUUCCAGGGAAUGAUGUAAUGGUUCCCGUGGAAGAGGAGGGGAAGGAAUUCCACCACCCCACCACUGCCACAGAAAAGUGACAGCCCAUGGAGAUGAUGAGCUACAGGAACAUCCAGUGUUACACUAAGUCUGACUCUGUGACAAGUGCCUUGGGUUACUGGGAGACUCCUGGAAAACACUGAAACACACUCAAACAAGGAGAGCUAGAACCUCCUUCAUCUACCAAAUGACAGGAGUAUCCAAACCGUUGGCCUUCAUAGCUGACGUCAAAUAUUCCUCUUUCCCUCUCUCUCUCCCAAUAUUAUGCUGGAAACAAAUUUGAAUCAAAGCUGCACAAUUCAGAGGACAUCUGGAUGUCAGCUGAAGUUUCACAGCUUGCUUUCUCUGUGUGAAGGAAUGGACUGAAACCUAUGUCUGGCUACUUCUAUUAGCUAUGAAAAUUCUGGCCAGGGUUCCGAGUCAAGCUUGAGAUUCAGCCAUGAACGUCGUUGAAUAGGUUGUUUUACUUCCAGUACUUCCAAAUUUGUCACAUAUUUUGCAACAUCUGGCAUUUUCUUAAGGCCUCAACUCUUGACUGAAAGUGAUGACAACUUCAGUUUUCCCUAGCACAAACAACUCUCAGGAUUGUGGACUUCAUGUUUUUUGAGGAAAUAGGAUCAAAAGGUGCCACACAGGCUCAGAAAACGGAAGGCAAAUAAAACUAAUUGAAGUCCACUGUACUUCAGGCCAUUCUUUCUAGGUUUUGAAGCCUGAUUCAUGUUUUUGACUACUUCAAAUCAUCACUAAGUGUAUGAAAUGGCCUCUUCUGAUGGAAACUCACUGAAUAUUUGGUUAUUGGGUGACCUACAGGUUUAACCUGGUGUGGAGCUUGUAAAAAGAAGAAAAACUGUUUUUCUACAGAAAGAAAAGACUGAAAGAGAGGCACAGCAAUUAUUUCCUAUAAAAUCUACUCGGUUUAGAAUUGUUCAUCAUCAUCAGGGUGACACUGAUUUGCAUAUGCUUUAAAAACAAAGCUGUUUUGUGGUCGACUGGCUCGUGUUAUGCUAUUUUUCAGUCUUUCAUGCUGCUUGUUCAGUAACUGUAAAUGUAAUAGAGCUGACUAUACUUUUGCAGAGGACAAUGGAAAAUGAGCAAGAUGAUAAAGUGUGUCUUAAUAGUCAAAAAAAGGAACCACAAAAACCAUUGCUUGCUUUGCAGUUUUGCCCUGGAUGAAGUACUGUAAAAACAGCUGGGCAGCUGCAGUGACUUCUCUUAGAACACACAAAAGGAACAUAAGGGCAUAAAAACACCUUCUUGGGCCAGUCUAGGAGUAUGAGCCCAAAAUUUUAUCUCUGGCAGUUGCAGUCAGGGAUGUCAGUUAGGAAGAGCACAUCAGCCUGGCUAAUAUCUGCUGGCUAAUAUUUCUCACAGUUCUGCAGCAGCAGCUGGAAUUGGAUCAGGACGUCCAGGAGUUUGUCUGAGCCUUUGCUAUUCACUCAUAUUGCCACUAGUUUUUCUUCCCUCUUUUGAAUUUCCUGGUACAAUCUUUCCUCCAUAAGCACCCGUGGCAACAAGUUACAGAUACCAUGCCCCGUGUAAAGAAGGACUUUUAACACUUUUAAACUGGCCUUUUUAUUUCAGUGCCACUAGUUCUUGUCUUACAGAAGUCAGUGGCUUGUUUUUGUUGGUUUAGGUUUUGUUUGUUUGUUUGUUUGUUUGUUUGUUUGUUUUGCAACAGAGUUGCUUUUGUGAUUCUUGAUUUUGUGAUUGUAUCCUCCUCAGCCUCCAAGCCGAAUUCCCAUCUCCUCCUAUUUCUCAUGUAACUUAGAUGCUCCACUGCCUUGGUCACUUCAGUUGACCUCUUCCACAUCUACUUUAACUUCACUACAUACUUCAUUUUAGAAAACACCAAUUUGUGAACCGACAAACUGAAGAACCACUUUCACCUGGCUGUGGUUGUUCAGGGCUGUUCUGCAAUUACAGCUAAUUGUACCUCUCAGCUCUAUAUAUAAAUUAAUGUUUUUUACUGGAGCAGCUUUCUAGGUGAACCGUAUGCAUUGCAACCUGCUGGAUGUGUUAUAGCUGGUUUGUUUAAUAAUGCUGGUAAUCUCUGAAUUAAAAGUUACA